AUGAAGGACAAUACCAGUUUCGCGGCGAACAGCUUCCAAAAGGUUGCUGCGCCGCAAAGGCGUACCUCCUUUGGUGCGACAGACGCUCUUACAGGGUCAUACGCUCAACAGGCAUUCGACCCGAGUUCGAGCUCGAGGGAAAUGCGAAAGAUCAUGUACUACGAGAACAUGUUCUCCAAAAUGGAUAGCCAGGACAAGAUGAAAAAGACCUCUGGCGGAUCUAAUUCAACCGUAGGGUCGUCCGAUCACCGUGCGAAAGAUGACGGAGAUGAUACGGCAAAGUCAGCUGCUAAAAUUCCGAGACAAAAUAAUAAUAAUAACAGGAAAUCAGCGACCGGAUCAAAUACAUCGGAUGUGGAAAACAGAAAUCAAAGAACAGAUCGAACGCAUAAACCAGAAACAGAUGCGUCCGAUGCGCACAGAAUACAGAUGGAAAAUGCAAUGAUGCAUAAACCAAUAAUACCCAAAAGAGACACAAUCGCUAUUAAAAUUAAAACACAAAAUCUCAACUCAUUUACCCAUGGAGAAGCAGCAGGAAAGGCGUACGGCACUUCACAUGAAGCGUUUAUUAACGGAGUUGAAGACAACAGCGCACGAGCGACAUCAUCACUUAUACGUAACGUUACGGAUAUCUCAGGAACGAAAAUAUCGAAGAUGUUGGGAAUUGAUCAAAUUGCCAGUACACCUUCGGGACUAUCGGCUUCACAACGGCAAUGGAUAGUACCCAGCUUCGCUGUAAACCAACCGGAACCAACGUUAAAACAAAGUGACGAAACAUUAACGCACGUCACUCAGGAUAGUGACACUACACGGGCAUCCGAUAGUCCCUAUGCGUUUACGGAAACACAAACACAUGAACAACGGACAGAAGAUUUGCAUAUGACUACAGGAACACAACUCAAAGAUAGUGCACAUGCAAAUACAAGCCCACAAAACACAUACUCGGUUACAACUACGCAGACCAGAAAUGACCUAUUGGAUACAGAUAAAAUUCCACGUAAACAAGAGAAACGAGUGUCCAGAUUUCAACCGCGAGAGUUCAUACCAGAUGAUAACCCAAUAAAAACAAAUGAACCAAUCAAAGAAGAACCACAUGUGGAUGCCUAUACCCAAAGGGAAGACCCCCAACCAGCCUUGGAACCCGAAAGUGGACAAGAAUCACAAGGCGUAGAGGUGGAAUGUGAACCAAAUAUUGCAGAGGAAACGCCUUUUCAGGACUCUGGAGUAGAAUCACACCAUGGAUACGAGGACAUGGAUAUUGUCGUUAACGAACAAGAUAUGGACGUCGUAACAAAUGAUGACAUUAUGGACUACGACCCUGUGAUAAAGGAAGAAGAGGACGAAGAGUAUAUCCCAGAGAUGUCCAUACAAUCGUUAGAGGGGACCUCUAGCAAAAAAAGUUCAAAGAGGAAGUCGAAAAGUAAAAAAGCAGCGGCCCUGGCCACACCAACAAUAAGCACGCCAACUAGCGACGUCAACUCAGCAUUCGACCCACUCACUCCGGACGCCGUAGUAGAUGACACGCAGGCCGAAACUACGCAUUUGGUAAGGUCUACAAGGAGUCGAACAGGUGGCAGGAACGGCGGGAGGAACAAGAAAAAAGAUAUUAGUUUCACGAACGAUCAAGAUGACAUGCAGCCGAUAGCUAAGGCUUCAAAGAGCUCAAUGAGGUCAUCCUCUCGAUCGAUACCGAACAACUCCAGGAAAAAUGUGUCAGAUACCACUGGAACAAAAUCGCAAUACAAUGUGUCAGGGCAGUCAACUUGCAACGACACGCCCGAAAGACAGCUGAAAAAGGCCUUCGCAGACUCAAGAAUCAUAAGUGUCUCCGAGGCUGAAAAAAUUAUUGAUCUGUACCAACAACAUAACGCAGAAUUAGAAAGGCUCAAACGCAUAAUAUUAUCUGGAGAUCUGUCGGAAUUCGGUAAGGCCGCCAUAGAAGAGGCCGCAACGCGAAUACCAAAAUUAACAUGUACAAUAGACCCAAGGUUCGUCAUGGCACAACCAAUGGGCUUGACAAUACAGACGAAACAAGAACAACCACCACAAAAUCCAAUUGAGCUCUCACUUAAGUACAGGUUAUUGACAAGGCUCAUGGAUAACAAAUGA